GACGAAUGGAAGAAGUUGAUGGAGGACUUAGCCGCGCAGGAGGAGGAAACAGGGGAGAGGCAAAGAGACCGCAUCUCCCCCCACCCUGCCUCCUAUACUACGAGAAGAGGAGGAAAGGAAGGGAAGGGACGGGAGGAGCAAGAGAUCCCGGGAGGGAAAGACGAGGACAUCCUGGCAGUGGUCCCCCCCAACACGCCAGAGGGCACUGUGCAUCGGACAAGCGUAGCCUCCCAGCUCGUGGGUAUUCUCCUUUUCCCCUUCGUGCUCCUUGGGGGCGCAACGGGGCGCUUGAGUGAGGCCCUCUCCUCGUCACCCUCACGCCUCAGCACUCUCGCCGCUUCCUCCGCUCCAUCUGAAGAGGAGGGAGAGGAGGGGGUUGACAUUCCUCCCCCCUCCCUUCAAUGA